AUGCGCGUCAUCGCGCAGAAAGACUAUAGUGAUUUAACUGCCGGGCUUGAGACUGUCGCGGAACAAGAGAAACUCUUGGAUUCCAGUGGCUCUGCAACUACCAGUUGGACUGUCAACAAAGUCAAUGCCAUUGCGAAAUCUGAUAUAGAGGAUUGCUCGGAGCAGGAUCAUAGCCUGCAGCCAUUUAGUCGAAUCUGGAAACCGGAACUCACCCCAGAAAGCUACAAAGACGGUUUUGACAAGCUCACUUAUGAUCGUAUCGGGAUCAUGCAGCGCAUAGGACCGGCGACUAAGACAUGCAUCGUCGUGGAAAACUCGUUCCAUGGGCGAAUUCGCAUUUACGGUGCUUCUCAGAGUGAUGUGGACGAGGCUUUUAACCGCCUGUGUAGAGAACUCGUCAUUGCCCCAAUUUCCGACUCAACACGCUACAAAGUUGUCAAAUACACAUCGAUCAAUGAUGUUGCCAGUCGUCGAGUGCUAAUCAAUCGAACUCUCUCGGAUCCUGUAGACAUCUGUUUUCAACUUGAUAAUCUCCAAGCUCCGGUUGCAUUCGUUCCAAACCCCAACAGUGGCGCACUGUGUAUCUUUGGUACCUUUUUACAGCCUCCUUUCAUGGCAAACUGGCAGAAGAAGGAAAAUUCCAACCAAGUUCACGUCUGGAAGGGGUUCGUAUUCCGUUCUCUAGGCAAGCGAAAGUCUGGCUAUGAUAAUGCGGCGGUAUUCAACCCAUUCAUUUGCUUCAAUACACCAAUACUAGAGGAACACGCCACUGUUGAUCAUGAGCCUGAUCUCAAGCUCGAGCCCGGGCCUGAGGCGGAUCACAGAGGCCGUCGCAAAUACCGUGGUGAACCGGUGACUUGGGAUACACGCCAAACCCAGGAUAUCGAUAAGACAGCCGAAGAGGAUUCUUUCUCGGUCAUACAUGAUCGGCAGGAAUCCACUGAGCCAUGGGUCGUGGUUCAGACUAAGGCUACGAAGCAGCUUGCAGAGACCCUACAGGAAGUCACUGCGCCAAAGGCCAGCGACCCUGUAUUCACUCACCGACGGGGAAAGAAGGGCAAAAGCAAGGCUUCAAACAAGUCUCGCGGGGAGACCCUCAAGGCAGAUUUAUCUGUCGCUGCUGAGGCAGAUUUGCCUCCAGCCAGAAUGGUUUCUGCCGGUCUUUCUUACGCGAAUGCAAUGAAGGAUUUCUCCUUGCAGCCUGUGACUGCUGGCAACGUUCUUACCGAGUUGUCAUCUAACAGAAGCGCAGUAGUGAUCAAAAACUUACUUGAGAGACUUCAUAGUCCUAACACUUCUGUUGGUCCUAACACUGCUGUUGGUCCUAACACUGCUGUUGAUCCUAGCAUUUCUGUUAAUCUUAGCACUCCUGCUGGUCUUAAAACUUCUGCUGCCCAGGGCGUCGAGAACGCAGCCCAUCGUGUUCCGGGUGCAAGCACAGCCUAUCAUCCUGAGGCUGUCGGCGUGGUUGGUGCUGGUGCUUCAUAUGUUGUCCCUCAGGGCUAUACCCUGCAACUUGUGCCAAACAGUGCUUAUGGUUCUGGAGUGCUCCAACAGCCCUCUUACCCACCCGUCUAUCACUCCAUGGGCGCAUAUGCUGCGGCAGAAUUACAGUCUCGUUAUGUGUACCCGGGAUACCCUGCCCCACGUCGUGAUACAUUUGGUGCUAGCGGCACAAUGAUGCACCCCUCUUAUAGCGCUAACUUGAAUUCAUUUGGUUUAUUUCAGGCUCCCUAUCCCCGAUUCCAAAAUACUGCCACUGGUGGUAGAUUUGACAGUGUUCACACAUACCCGUCAUUUGCAUAUGGCGUUCCGGAUUUCACACUUCCACCUAUGAAUGCACCGGGAUCACAGUUGCCGCCUAUGAAACAGAGCAUUCAGCCUCAACCUGUUGUACGGAACAUACAGGCUCCACCUGGAAUUCCUAUUCCCGCCGGUGGAACUGCAUGGAAUGGAUACGAUCGACACAAUCUCGCGCAAAUAGUUAUGCCUGUGUCUGAGUACAUUGAACCCAACUCACACGCUGUUCCUCAGACCGAAUCUCGUGUUGCAACUGAUGAUCUCAUUGAGUUCAGCGACAGCGAUGAUGUUCAACAAGUUCAAAUGUCUGUCAUCUCUGCUUAUAACCCGAAGAUUUGCAAACGUGAAUUCCACCCCACGAUGAGACAGCAGGCGAGAAACAAGCAUCUUGCCAAAGACUCCGCUCAACACUGGAGGGCUGCGCCACGGUUAACCAGACAAAUCUUGGAGGAGGGUACAGACGAGCAACCCGUCGAAAAUCGAUUCAUUGGUCUGGGCGACCAAGUUCCCGAUGGUCGUACCUCGGAGAGCCCCGAACGACCUGUCGCCACGAGAUGGGUUGCCAAGAAGGAGCGAGUUGUUUCUCGGAAAGAAGCUGCAAAGGCUGAAGCAGCCUUGGGUGGGAGACCACUACUCAGAUCCGUUGUGAAACGAGAGGCAAACCUGAAGAAGUUGGGGUCUACUGAGCUAGUGACAAAAGUAGCUGGGAUCAUUGAAAAUCCUAUUGUCACACCUGAGAUCGAAGACAGACCUGUUGAUUUUCGCAUCAAAGAGAAGCAGGCCCUAUUUCAAGCUUUGAAGCCUGUAUUGAAAGCUUGCCGAGAAUUCCCCGGCUUUCUGAACGUUGAGAUUCAAUUUGGUCUCGCCCUGGUUAGAGCGCCUCCUCGUCCCGAACAUAUGUCGCUUCAUAAAUUGAUCGACUAUAUGAAGUGUAGCGCAUUGAAUGAGGAUGUCUGCGGUGAUUUUUUUAAUCAUGUUACAACUUCGCCAGACGAUGUUGAGCAUAUCAUCGAUGCUCAAGUCCGAGGCAGCCGCAUCUUCGAGCGCGCACCUAUCAAGUACGGUUUGAAGUACGAGUUUGUGAUGCGCAGCGCCUUGGCAAAGUUUGUCCUGACAAUUUCCGGACGCGGAGAGGUCACCUUUCGUGAAGCUGAUGCCGAGCUCGGAGCAGUGCGUCUAUACUUCCCCGGAAAUAUCUGGGAUGCGUGUGUGGUGAUCAGUGGCAGCAUGGAGGGCGGUAUUGCGAGAGUUGACCAUGAGGCUGAAAAGGCAGCUAGUUGCAUCGCCUCAAACCUGUGGGUUGAGCCCGGUAACAAGCGUGUGCGACUGAUUACCGUUGCCCCUUCGUCUCUGUUUGAUCUCGAAAAGGUGAUCAUGAAGCGGUACACCCAGCACCGAUACAUCGACCCCUGCAACAGCGACACCGAUUUGCGUCUUCAGGUGACUGAGGUCCAAGACCUGAUCAUUACCCCUCAUCCAGACUCCACCAAGAAGCUCAUCGAAGCGCGAUGCGCUCAAUUGGACGACAUGGUUAGCGAGAACCGACAGUGGUGGGAGGCCUCAGUCUUGAGUCCCAUUGUGAACAGUACUAUUAAUAUCAAGGAGGAACCUACCAGCUUUGGUCAAACCACCAACAAAUGGUCCUCGGCGGAGCUUUUUGGACGUGACAUCAACCGGAUUCUCAAGCAUCCCACUUCUCCAGGAGACGUUCUCAAGGCUGCUGACAUGCCUUCAACAAUCUCCUCGCCACUUGCCGAAGCCAUCGGUGCUUCAGGCCUCGGUGACCUGCUGUGCCUUGCGGAGGUGGUUGUCGGAAAAAUGGAUAUUGUGGGUUAUGGUAACUGUGGCCUAGCUGCUGAGGCCUAUGUCCCCGCAAUCGAGAGAGAGGAUUUCGUUCCUCCAGUUGUUGUCAAGAAGUCUGAGCCCAAGGGUAAGGGUAAAGCCAAGGCUCAAGUCGACGGAGGGUCUGAUACCCCCAGAGCAACGCACUCGUUUUGA